ACUGAUUUAGCAACCGUCAAACAUCUGCGUAUGUGCCAAAAGUGUGCUUCUUGAAAUGAACAAAAUUGUGAAACUGACAGUCUCCCAGUGGGUUCCCGCCGGUGACAUAGACAUUCCUGCAGUGUGGCAAGUUUAUUAAGAUAAAUUUAUAAGUGGUUUAUUUAUUGAAACAAGCAUAAAGAUGUUUUAGGACAUGGUGGAAAAGAGCAGUUUGUAAGCAAACAGAAUGAUGACCAGGAAGUCCCAGGAGGAUGUAGUAUAUCCAGUGUUCCAUGGAUUGUCAGCGUGGAUGUCCACAAGUGUCUCUACAGAGAGGCAGGAGAUGUGGGUGAAAUGUAGUGGAGAAAUUUGUGGAAAAGAUAAAGCUCAAUUUCUAUUCAGUGAAGAUGCAGAAAGCGAAGACACAAAGAGUAUAUACCAGAGUCAUGCUUAUUACAACGAACAUUUGGCAGUGUUUCAUGCAAGCUUCAUUGACGAAUGUAUACGUGCAAAGUCUGUAAAGAGAGUGAACUUGGGACUAUAUCUUCUACCACCAAAGGAGGUCCAAGAUGAGCUGAAGUUUCAGUUCAAGUUUUCUUUUGAUGGAGGAAAAAAGCAUAAAGGUGCACAAAACAAAAACACAGAUCAUAAUGCUCUGUCUAAGGAACAGAACAAUACAGAAGGUCUGAGUGAGAAGAGAGUUGAUGAUAACUUUGGAGCUGAUAAUGCAGACCAAGAAAAAGAGACUACUGAGAGAAUAACAAAUGGUGACAUAGAGAUUCCUAUUGAAGAUUUACCUUUGGUUUCUGGAGAAAUACUGGAUUUUGAUAUUGUUCAAAAUGGCUGUGAAGUUUACCAUAAACUCUGACAAUGCAACCAGCAACAGUUAAUAUUAAAACUUUUUUAUUAUUUAUUCUUUUCAGUUUAUUUUAACUUUGAACAGUUUGUUUGUCAAAUUCAGCCUUGGAGAAAUAACUUGCUGUUAUUAAAUGUUUGUUGCAGGGCAGUGCCAAUGUUGUUGUAAAUAAACGUUUUAAACAUUAAAUUUUGUUUUCAAGUCAAAUAUCACAAGCCUCUCAUUU